CCAUUCAUACAGAGGCAUUCACAGUCCGUGCACGGAGCCACAGAGAGCCGAGGAUGCAGGAACAGCAGCAGCAGCACACACUGACUGACAGAGCGUGUGUGCAGGAGGAAAAACUGACGCUCCUACCAACAAACUGUGUGAGAGAAAACUUUAACAAGCCGCUCGUUUCUGGUAAAGAGAGGUGAAUGAAAUCCGGCCAGUGCCUGGUAUACAGAGGAAGGGUUCUCUGUGGCGCCCCAUCCAUCUUCAGGCUGUGUUCAACGCUGCACAGACGAGGAUCUGCAGUUUCUACACUGUGAAUGAGGAGGAGAGGUGAUGUCUCAAGAGAAUAGCUGCUGCAGAGUUUGCAGCAGGGGCUUGUAUAGCUGCCACUGGAGGGAGCCGAGUGAAAACAAGAGAAAACAUGCAUGCUGCUGGUUCUCGGUCGUCACGUUGGCCUCCCUGCUCUCUCUCUGCUGGAUGUACAUUUGUCUGGUUGCUUUUAAUGACCGAGAGGAUGUUAACUGGCAGGGCUUCACGAAACUGAAGCGGUGGGUGAACUGGUUCAUGGUGCUGAUCAUCGUUUCUGCAGUGAUAACCAGCUACUGCGUCCUGCUGCUGCUCUUUGCACUGUUCCAAGUCGCUUUAAAAGAACCACUCGACUUACACUGGCUGCACAAGUUCCUUGUAUUCUUUGGUGUGAUGUUCAUCACUUUCGGGGUCGUAGGAAUUAGCCUCCAGUGGAAACAAGAAUGGCCAACUGUUCCUCUUUCACUCCAGGCCACAGGUCCUUUCUUGCAGUUUGGUGCCGUCGGAGCGUUGACGCUGCUGAGUCCUCUCGUCUUCCGGAGCUUCUACGUUGCCGAAACGGCGUGGUCUAGAGCCGUCAUCACAUUGGCCUUUGUCGCGGUGUCAGCUGCCAUCUUCCUGUGUCCCCUGGCCAUCCAGUCUCCCUGUCUGCUGAGUGAACUGCCUGUCAAACCUGAGCUCAUUGGCCACAGGGGCGCCCCGAUGCUGGCUCCGGAGAACACCAUGAUGUCGUUCAACAGCAGCAUCGCAUGCGGCGUGACGGCCUUUGAGACCGACGUGCAGAUCAGUAAAGACAAAAUUCCCUUCUUGAUGCACGACAACCACUCCGAGUUUCUGUCGAGGACGACGAACGUGAAGGAGAAGUUACCCGACAAACUCUCCAGCUCCAGUUACAACAUAACGUGGGAGGAGCUACAGACCCUGAACGCAGGCGAAUGGUUCCUAAAGACGGAUCCUUUCCAUUCGGUGUCCCAGCUCCCAGAGGACGAGAGGAAAGCUGCUGGGAAUCAGACCAUACCCUCUUUACGUGAGCUGCUCGACCUCGCCCAGCAGCACAACAUCUCAGUGAUGUUUGACCUUUACAGUUCCAACCAGAAAGAUGACACCAACCACACAGUCAGCACCAUCCUCGGUUCUGGCAUCAACCCACGCCUGAUCCUCUGGCUUCCUCCUGCUGAAAGAGAGGCUGUGAUCUCGACUGCUCCAGGUUUCAUCCAGGUCUAUAACAAAGACACUGACAGGUUGAAAAAAGGAGACCACCUGAAUGUGAAAUACAGCAAUUUGAGUACAAAAAGAAUCAGUGAACUGCGGCAGAAGAACGUUAGCGUGAACCUGUGGGUGGUGAAUGAGCGAUGGCUCUUUUCUCUGCUGUGGUGUGCAGGGGCCAGCUCCGUCACCACCAACUCCUGCCACCUCCUAAAAGAAAUGGACCGACCUGACUGGGUCAUGGCACCUCUCACAUACAGAAUCGCGUGGAUCGUGGUGGAUGUUUUAUCCUUUCUGAUAAUGACGGGGCUCUUCAUCUGGCAGAGGAGAACACACGUGUUGUGUCCAAGGAGAGGAACAGAGACGCAAAGAAACAAUACGCCUGCCUGGAGCGAUAAAGAACUUUCUCCCUUCUUAACCACCGGGUAGACGGACGCAGGGACGACCCGACCCCAGCCCCCGGGACUGCUGGAGAUAUUUGACUCUGAAUCAGGGACAAAACAAGUUACUGUGAAUACAAGUAGAAGCAGAAUACAACAGACAACAGAGUUACUGUAAAUCAUCAGAGACUGUUUUCUGAAGCCGUGACAGAUGUGUUUCUACAGACGUUUAAAUGUCAGCACUGCACCACUAGAUGGCAAUUUGUUUUUUUGUUUGUUUUCUGUGAAAGUCUGGCUGCUGAACUGGGUUUAUGGUUCACAGGCUGAAUAAUAUUCCGUUUCUACUGAAAUGUUUUUUCCUCUCUGUGUGUAUCACUGAUGUGCAGAGUCGAUGUGCACUGAUUUUUGAUCUUGACACCUUAUGUUCCCGUGUUUUUCUAAUGUUCUUUAGCUUUGUUUCAAUAUUUUCUUUUGUGUCAGCAGUGCCAGGAGAUGUGCCAUAACUAGAGUCUUGUGUGUUUGACUUUUGGCUGUGUGAGCUACUGAUUGUUUGUUUGUUUGUUUGUUUGACAUAUGAAAAUGUUUUAAAUGCCAGACAGAUAUUAAACCAUCAAGAAUAAUCUAAUGAUGAUGUUUUUAAACGAUAAAUUGUGCUUAUUUAGAGAUUGAUGCAUAAUGUAUCUUGAUUCCGUGGUGGAAGUGAAUCAUCGGGAUUCUAUGGUUGCAAGUUACUGUUGCAGAGGACAUUUUAAAUCCUUUGAUGAGUAUACAAAUACACACACUGGUAUACACAGUAUAUCAACUUAAAACACUCAACAGAGGCUCAGAUUCUUACAUUUCACUGUUCUACAGUCAGGUACAUUAUUCAAAUGCUGCUUAUGUGUCAGUGAAAUGUCUCCCAUGUUUUAUUAAAGUGCUUCAGCUUUUUGUUUGUAACGUUAUGUAAUGUUUGUAAAGAUGUUGUGCCAUCAAAGAAAUAUAAUUUUUUUAAAUCAA